UUCAUCCGGAAGUCAGAGAUACGUGGAAAGGCAUCAACAUGGCUGACACCUUACCGAAAGAAAUGGGUUCUUUGCAAAUAAACGAAAGUAGCGAUUCAAAAUGUGAAGUAAAUAAUACUUCAACAGACCAUGAAGAUUGGGGAUUUCCUUUAAAUGACUUGUAUAAAAUGGCACUUCAUUUCUAUAAAGAUCAAGAUGGUAAAGGACUGCAUUUAUCAUACAGGGACAAGCUACGAAUGGUGGCUCUCACUAAGCAAGCGUCUCAUGGAAAGUACACAGCAGAUGCUUCUCCAGCUGUAGGCUUUCUUGAUGUUGUUGGUAAUGAUAGGAAACAGAUGUGGAUGUCCCUCGGUGACAUGUCUAAAGAUGGCGCAAUGGGAGAGUUUGUAAAAAUGUUAGACAAACUGUGUCCACAAUUUAAACCUCAUAUACAGGCACAAAAAGCUGAAAUAGAGGAACAAGAAAGGAAAAGAAAAGAGGAAGAAGAACAAAAGAAGGAAGAAGAAGCAGAGAAAGAGAGAAAGUUACUGGAGGAUGAAGCUCAAAGACAAUUACAGUUAGAGAAACAGAGACAAUUAGAACAAGAUCCAGCACUUCGAGAUCUUGACAAAAAACAGAUACGAGCAGCUCUUAACCAGCAGACGGCACAGCAAUUUAAACAAUACGCAGAACAACAGUGCCCAGGAAAUAUCAAACAGCAAGAGGAGUUGAUAGGUCAGUUACAAGAGCAACAUUUCCAGCAGUACAUGCAACAAGUCUAUCAGCAGCAGCUGCUUCAUCAGCAACAACAGUAUCAGCAGUUACAGGCCAUGCAAGCCGCACAGAAGGGGGAGCAGGCUGAAACCAACCCGCCACAAACUAAUGGACAGGCUCCACCAUCAAAUAUACAAACCACCAUAACUGCUACACCCCUCCUUCAAAAUGGUCCACUCCCACCCCCAGUUAAGACAGAGAAUUCAGAAAACAAUACAGAUGACACUAAGGAAGCAGAAGAAGAAGAUGAUUUACCUCCCAUUGCGGCUGCCUCUAUGUGGACAAGAAAAGAUGUUAAAGAAUUUAAAGAGUCUUUAAAAAAGGACAAGGAUUCUGUGAUAAAAGUGGGCUCGGGAGAAACUGUAACUGUUCGUGUUCCUACCCAUGAAGAUGGUUCAUGUUUAUUUUGGGAGUUUGCUACAGACUAUUAUGACAUAGGUUUUGGUGUAUUCUUUGAAUGGACUAUAGCUCCAAGUAAUACAGUCAGUGUUCAUGUCAGUGAAUCUAGUGAUGAGGAAGAGCUUGAAGAAGAAGAAGGGAAGGCAAAUGAUGUAGAAAAAGGUGGCGAUAAGAGAGAUGAUAGACCUCCUGUUGAUGAAAUCAUUCCAGUGUAUCGACGAGACUGUCAUGAGGAAGUUUAUUGCGGGAGUCACGCUUACCCUGGCCGCGGAGUUUACCUUCUUAAAUUUGACAAUUCAUAUUCAUUAUGGCGGUCAAAGACUCUAUAUUACAGAGUGUACUAUAGCCGGUGAAAUAAUUAAUAUAUAUAUAUAUUGUCCAUAAAUAUAACUAUUAUUAUUGUAAGCUGUUUAUAUUUUAAUGAUUAUAAUGUGUUAAAUAUAUUGUGGUGUACUUCAAACUUUGGGAUGGAAGCAUUUUUCACAAAUGCUGCAAGUAUCCACAUGAGGGGCAAUAGUUAUACAUGGUUACCAUAGCAACUGUAGAUGUAGAACUCUCAUUUCUAUAAAUGACGAACAAACAGUGUAUCAGACGCUACGACUUGAAUUGUUGACAAAAUCCGUCAUCAGAUUCGUAUUUGUGAUUUGUAUAAAUGAAAUUCUUUUUUAGUGUGACAGUACAGGACUUUAUAAAUUUGACUAAAGAAGACAUAAAUUUGUGUUGUAUUUAUUAAUGCAUGCUUACAUUGUCAUGGAGAGAAUCUGUUUCAUAGUCAUUUUAGUCUCAUCUAUAUUUUUGUGCAUUGAAGAAUUUGUGAAGAAAACUGUAAAAUUCCUGAUCAUAUACAUGUAUAACAGGGGCUUAAACAUCAUUUAUGUACCAUUUUACCUGUAUCAGUGUAUUACAGAAAUUGUUUAGUCAUUUGAAGUGUACAAUCACUGGUUGUUAAAAUAGUGUAAAGUUGAAUCAUAGGCUAUAAGUAUUAACUGUCAUGUGUUAAUGUAGGACUGUUUCAGUGAUUAUAUUUCAUUUAUACAGAUGACACAAAGUUUUACCAUUGUUACUGUUAAACUAUGAAAUCAGAAAUAAAGAGAUUCUCUUAUAGUUUUACAAUAAUUUGAAUAUUAAAGAAAUGCUGUAUAAUGCUUAGAGAUAUAUAUACUAAGAAAUUUUGUUAAACCGUUAGAAAUAUUAUUUUUAUACCCUGUACAAAAGAAACAAAGUAUGAAUUAUUUGUUUACUACAUUUGGUUUCUUAGUCAAAAAGUAUUCUAUAUGUUUUGACUUUUUUCUAAUAAGUUAUUUACAAUGAAUAAUUUUUGAAUUCUAGGAUAAGAAAAAAAAAAUGAUAAAAGAAAUAUAUGAGUGACUUUUAAUAAUCAAUCAAGUGUUAAAACUAGACACAAGAAUUUUCGAUUAAUAAGAGUAUAUUUAUUGCGCAGUAAAUAGUAAAAUAAGCAACAGACAUUACUAUUUCAUUUGAACAUUUAACUGGAAAAUUUUAAAGAAAGAAAAGUUUAUAUACGGGGUGUGUCUGUACAUGGGACAAGCAUUUUAAAAAUGCUAUCUGUAUUUUAUCUUGCCUGCUUGUAGAAACAUUGAGCAUCAUUUGUAGUGUGUAGUCUAGUUUUGCUUCCAUUAUCAACAUUGCUUACUUUAUGAUAGUUGAAAUAUAUGAUUGUAUAAUUGUUAAUGUUUGUGUAUAUAGAAUGGUCAGAAUUUGUUGGUGUCAUUUUAAGGUUUUUAUUUUUACCAAUCUGCUCAUUGUCAAAGAACAUAUUGACAAUAUUAUUUGUUAGAUAUCCAGCAAAAGUCAAGGGAUUUUUACUACACAUUCAAUUAUCAUUAUAUCGAGUUAGAUUAAAAUUUUAUAAUUGCUCAGAACAUAUAUGUGCCUUUAGAAAAACCUAUACUGUAAGUAAUGAAGAAAAUAUUAUUUUAAACAUGUUAGUAUGAACAUAAAAAUUGCAGAAAAACAAAACCAUUUGUAUUCAUUUAAAUAAAUUUAUUCUCGUUUAAGGUUUUGUAAUUGGAAAAUAUUAUUGCAGGAUACAGCUAUUGAAGAAAAACUUUAGAAAAAAAAAACUUAGAUUGUUUUAUUUUUCAGAAUAAACUAUAUCAUAGAAAAAUCUGAGCUUACAAAUAGUUUAACAUAUAUGCUUUUAGUUAAACCUUCAAGUAAAUAAAUUGAAUUUAUAUUUAUAUUGUGGGUAUUGUAGAUAAAUUGGGACUUUUCAAUUAGUUAUAUUAGGUACAAUUUUGUUGGUUACAUAAAUUGAAUAACUUUAUUAAAUUAGUUAUAUGCUAGAUUUUUUAUUGAAUAUACUGCUUUAACACAGUCAAUAGUUUUACACUAUGUAAUUAGUGGGAAUAUAUUGUAAUGGAUGGAAAGAUAAUCUAGAAGUUUUAUUUUCCUGAUUCCUCAGAUUUGGUUACAAGCAAACUUAGAAUAGAUUCUUGGCAAACCAGACUAAUAUCACUAGCAAAAGGCAUGAUUUUCAUGCAAUGUGGCCAUGUAUUUAAAAUGUACAAAUAUUGAUUAAAUUGAUUAAUUGUCUCUUAUGAUAUGUUUACAUAAAACUUACAAAUUUUUUUUUACACUUGAGGGAAAUCAUUUAAACCCUUACCUACUUAGCUACAAAACUUCAUUUAUCUUACAUUAUUAUACCAUGUAUAUCUCAAAAGGAGCUUUAGACACCUGUAUAGAUUUAGACGAGGGUAAAAAAUUACUUACAUUAUAUCUACAUGCUCUUUGUUAUAAAUAAAUGAGAAAUCCAUCAAUAUAUUGUGUUUGAUCACAUCAAAAGAAAGCCGAGCAUCUUAUUGAUUUGUGAUGAAUGGUGUUGUCAUAAUACAUGUUCUUUCUAAGACUUAGUUUCAUCUGCCUUUAUAGAGGAUGAUAUAUAUACUGUCUGAGAGAGUUGAUUGAUUUAUAUAAUUACAAUCAUUUGGAUUAGACAGUACAUAUAUUAUUAUUUUAGCAGAAUCUCAAAUUAGAUUAUUUCUAUUAUCAAACUUCUAGCGAUUUAACUUUUGGUUCAAAUCUGGUCAGGAUCAAUCUAUUGUUUCCUUAAACAAAAACUUUACACGCAUUGCUUAGUACUAAUUGGCUACAGGAAUGGAUCAGAUAAUGUGUCUAUAAGCUGAUAGCUUCCAACACAAACUUGAUAAAUUCUGUAUAAACUAAAAGCACUAGUUUUAAGCCAAGCCAGUAUUUUUACAUUCUGUCAAAUCAUUCAGUCUGACCUAACAUUAUAUUGUUUGUUACUCAUUUUUUGUGUUUUUAUAUUCUUUAUAUUAACAGUGGACAGUGCCACAAAUAAAGCAAGGCAAAUCUGAUACAGAAUGAUAAUACGGAGAGUUAAUAAAUCUAUACAUAACCAUUGACCUCUUUAUAUAGGCAGACAGUCUUCUCAUGUUUUACUAUCAAUUAAGAGAAAGCUUGUUGUUGCCAUGGAAACCAAAUAACUGUUUAUGUAUGACAUGUUGUUACAUGAAGUGAUCAUUAAAUCGUAGAGCUGUAUCAAGUUACAGUUUAUUGAUAUUGAAGUCAGAGGAUACUCUGUCAUUCUUUAUUUAACCUGUUUUCUAAUUUGAAGGUUAAUGAUGACCAUAUUAGCAAGGUUAAUUGGAAAAUUGACUUUGACAUAUUUUAUCAUUAGACCUUGGUGACAACAUUUUCUUUGCGGAUACUUGCUGACACUGUUAUAAAUAAAGUUUAAAAUUCCAUCUUUACUUUUGAUAAAUUGAUUAUUUUUAAAUAACAAAAACAAUGUAUUUUACAAAUGUGUUAAAACUUACAUUUAUUCUAACCGUACACACAUAGUUUGGAGUGGUUAUACUUGAAGCAACUUGGCAGUUGAUUGGCCAAUCUCCCCGCACAUGUGAAUUUCUCUCCUUUAUAAAUAAGCUAUUGCCUUCUGAAGUUUUUAGGCAAUUCAAGCAGUAUGUAACAGAUUGGGUACAAUUUUGCGUGUUUAUAUUACAUUAUUCAAAAAGUGUUUAAAGAUGGACAUGCCAUCAGUAUUGCUUUGCAAUGGGGGUAAACAGUGAAACAGCUCAGUUAAAGUGAGUAAAAUAGGCACAAUAUUGAAAAUAUGAUUAAGAAAAAACAAGCUGAGAUCCCAGAAGCCUAUGUAUGAUAUGCGUAAAGGAAUUCAACCUUGCUUGUAUGGUUACAACAAUAAUAAUGUUAAUUAUGUUUAUUUGCUUGAAAAAAAGUUAUUGACUCAAAAUCUCAUUGUUGUUUACACCGUAUAGAGAAACAAUGUAUUGCCUAAGAACCAUCAUUUUGUUUUGCAUACUUCUGUAAGCAUUGUCUUUUAUUAUUGUACUUAUUUUGAUUUUGCCUGGAGCAUAACUUUAUGUCAGUAUGAUAAUAUCGACAGGAAACUUCAAAAUACCCUGCACAGAUAAAGUGGUGUGUUGGGGUAUCUAAGCCAGGACAUUGGCCAUUCUAGUAAAUGCUAUUUUGGGCAGCUCUUUGCACUCACUGCACGGGUUUAUUAAGAAAUCUAAGAUUUUUACAGUGUUUUUCAUUUGAUAUCCUACCUAUCAGUUAAUAUCAGUUAAUUUUUAUGCACACUUAAAUGUGUAGAUUAUUACAACCUGUAAAUUACAGUUUUACUAUCAUUUAGGCUAAAUGCAUGAAUUUUGUAGAGUGGAAAUGAGAUUUUACCACAUCUUCUCAUAACUGAAUAUGACUUUAAUGUUGAGUGUGCAUGAAAUUUUCCAGUAUUCUGUGAAUUGUCAGUAAUUUCAUCCAACAUUGAUUACGUGAUAAUCAAUAAAUUCUGCUGUAGAAGAUUGGCAAAAAAGUCACGGUUAUUUUGAAUAACAAGAUGGAUUUUAAUUCUGUUGCACAAAUGAAUGUGGGGUUUCAAUUACGAUAAUGAUAAUACUUAUUUUUUUCUAAUUCUAUCUGGUGAUUUUGAGUACUGAAAUUAUAUUUUAUGGAGAGAAUCCCUGUUAUUUCAUGGUGAAAAUUCUUAAUGAAUUAUUUUUUAUCCUGUGAAUUCUGAAUAUUAACAAUAAAACACCUCAGCCUUGGAGCAGUAAUUUUAGUUAUAUACAUUUGUAUAAUUAUGAACUUUGUUAAAAUUUACAGUUACUGUACAUGUUUUUAAAAUUGUUAUUUCUAAGUUCUGUAUUCUUGUUGGUAUUUAUAGUAAGUGUUACUCUGUAUAAAUCCAUGUCUUGUUUUGUCAUUUCUGAGUAUUAUUGUUCCAUGUUAGAAAAAUGUUAUUGAAUAACUGUGGAUAAUCAUGUUUAUUUAUACAUGAAAAAUAAAAUAAAGAGCUAUGUCAUUUACCAAA